UGUUUUGCCUAUUCAAAUAUGGCGCUGUAAAAGCCGAGGUUUGUUUUUCAUGAGUGCAAAGUAUGUUUAAGUGCAUUAACCGCUCGGCCCAGUUCGCGACAUAUAUCCAGUCAGCAGGCGGCCGUUUCUGUUUUAAUCAAGAUUUUAGGCUGGUGUCAUCCUCGCCACUCAGAAUGACUGACCCGGCUGUGAACAGGGUGGUUAGUGACAUCAUUCGCUCUCCAGAGGAUAAACGGGUCUACAGGGGCCUGGAGUUUACCAAUGGCCUGAAGGCCAUGCUCAUCAGUGACCCGACAACAGACAAAUCCUCAGCUGCUUUGGAUGUCCAAAUAGGUUCUUUAUCGGACCCGGCGAACAUCUCGGGCCUGGCACACUUUUGUGAGCACAUGCUGUUCCUGGGAACAAAGAAGUACCCCAAGGAGAAUGAGUACAGCCAGUUCCUCAGUGAGCACGCAGGCAGCUCCAAUGCCUUCACGAGUGGCGAGCAUACCAACUAUUACUUUGACGUGUCCCAUGAGCACUUGCAAGGAGCACUAGAUAGGUUUGCCCAAUUCUUCCUGUGCCCACUGUUUGAUGAGAGCUGUAAGGACCGGGAGGUGAACGCUGUGGACUCUGAGCAUGAAAAGAACCUGAUGAAUGAUGCUUGGAGGCUGUUUCAGUUGGAGAAGGCCACUGGAAACCCUAACCACCCCUUCAGUAAAUUUGGAACAGGUAACAAAUUGACCCUCGAGACCCGACCGUCUAAAGAUGGGAUCGACAUCCGUCAGGAGCUCCUUAAGUUCCAUUCGACAUACUACUCCUCCAACCUCAUGGGACUGUGUGUGUUAGGAAGAGAAUCAUUAGAUGAGUUGACCUCCAUGGUGGUUAAGCUAUUUGGAGAAGUGGAGAACAAGAACGUGCCUGUCCCAGAAUUCCCAGAGCAUCCCUUCCAGGAAGAACAUCUCAGACAAUUCUACAAAGUGGUUCCCAUUAAAGACAUCAGGAACCUGUAUGUCACUUUUCCCAUCCCGGAUCUACAGAAGUACUACAAAUCUAACCCAGGACAUUAUCUGGGCCAUCUGAUUGGUCACGAAGGACCUGGAAGUUUGUUAUCCGAGCUAAAAUCGAAAGGCUGGGUGAACACACUUGUUGGAGGGCAGAAAGAAGGAGCCAGGGGUUUCAUGUUCUUCAUCAUCAAUGUGGACUUGACCGAGGAGGGUCUCUUGCACGUCGAGGACAUCAUCUUCCACAUGUUCCAGUAUAUCCAGAAACUGCGUACGGAGGGACCUCAGGAGUGGGUGUUUGAGGAGUGCAAGGAUUUAAACAAAGUGGCCUUCAGGUUCAAGGACAAGGAGCGACCCCGUGGCUACACUUCCAAAGUGGCUGGUUUAUUACACUACUACCCUCUUGAAGAGGUUCUUGCAGCAGAAUACCUUUUGGAGGACUUCAGACCAGAUCUGAUCGAGAUGGUGCUGGAUAAGCUGAGACCGGAACAUGUCAGAGUUGCAGUGGUGUCAAAGUCAUUCGAAGGACAAACCGACAAGACAGAAGAGUGGUACGGCACGCAGUACAAACAGGAGGCCAUCACCGACUUGACAAUCGAGAAAUGGGCAAGUGCAGACCUCAACGGCAAGUUCAAAUUACCCAUGAAAAAUGAGUUCAUCCCUACCAACUUUGAGAUCUACCCUCUUGAGAAAGACUCUUCAUCAGUCCCCACUUUAAUCAAGGACACUGCUAUGAGUAAGGUGUGGUUCAAGCAGGAUGACAAGUUCUUCCUGCCCAAGGCAUGCCUGAACUUUGAGUUCUUCAGCCCGUUUGCGUAUGUGGACCCAUUGCAUUGUAACAUGGCAUAUUUAUACCUGGAGCUCCUCAAGGACUCCCUCAACGAGUAUGCAUAUGCAGCCGAGCUAGCUGGCUUGAACUAUGACCUCCAAAAUACCGUCUAUGGGAUGUAUCUGUCUGUGAAAGGUUACAGUGACAAACAGCACAUCCUGCUGAAGAAGAUCAUUGAGAAGAUGGCCACCUUCGAGAUCGAUGAGAAGCGCUUUGACAUCAUCAAAGAAGCGUACAUGAGGUCUUUGAAUAACUUCAGAGCUGAGCAGCCGCACCAGCACGCCAUGUACUACCUCCGUCUACUAAUGACCGAGGUUGCUUGGACCAAAGAUGAGCUCAGAGAGGCUCUGGAUGAUGUAACUCUCCCACGCCUCAAGGCCUUCAUACCUCAGCUAUUGUCACGGUUACAUAUUGAAGCCCUUCUCCAUGGCAACAUCACCAAGGAGUCUGCUCUUGGCAUGAUUCAAAUGGUGGAGGACAAACUCAUUGAGCACGCUCACACAAAGCCCCUCCUCCCGAGUCAGCUGAUUCGCUACAGAGAGGUGCAGGUUCCAGACGGUGGCUGGUAUGUUUACCAGCAGAGGAACGAGGUGCACAACAACUGCGGCAUCGAGAUCUACUACCAGACCGACAUGCAGACCACCCAUGACAACAUGCUGCUGGAGCUGUUCUGUCAGAUCAUCUCCGAGCCCUGCUUCAACACACUGAGAACCAAAGAACAGCUGGGCUACAUCGUGUUCAGCGGGCCUCGACGGGCCAACGGCGUCCAAGGCCUGCGCUUCAUCAUCCAGUCGGAGAAGGCACCCCACUACCUGGAGAGUCGCGUGGAGGCUUUCCUGUGCACCAUGGAGAAGUCUGUGGAGGAGAUGAACGAAGAAGCCUUCCAGAAACACAUCCAGGCUCUGGCCAUCCGCCGCCUGGACAAGCCCAAGAAACUGUCCGCCGAGUGCGCCAAGUACUGGGGAGAGAUCAUCUCUCAGCAGUAUAAUUUUGACAGAGAUAACGUUGAAGUAGCCUAUCUGAAGACCUUGACUAAAGAAAACAUCAUGGACUUCUACAGAGAUCGGCUGACAGUCGAAGCCCCGAAGAGACACAAGGUGUCCGUGCACGUCCUGUCCAGAGAGAUGGACUCCUGUCCAAUAGUGGGAGAGUUCCCCGCUCAGAAUGAUGUCAACCUGGCUCCUGCUCCCUCCCUGCCACAGCCCACGUUGGUUAACGACAUGACGGAGUUCAAGAGGAGCCUCCCUCUCUUCCCCCUGGUCAAGCCUCACAUCAACUUCAUGGCUGCCAAACUGUGAGCGAGUCCGGCAGGUCGACACACAGCAGCACUGGGGGGGGGGGGCCGCGGGGCUCCCUCUCACCUCCCCCCCUCCAUCAGGAAGACUUUCAUCUGACUGAGCCUGCAUUUGUGUGUGUGUGUGUGCGUGCGCCUCUGCACAGGUGCAUGUGAAUGCGUGUGUGCACGUGUGGCAGGCUGGAGCCACUUAGAAGAGAUUGCUUGGAAAAACAAAUGCGUGUAUUUGAAUCACAAAGUUAGCCGUGGUUUGUCGACAUAGCUGUGAUGACGGUAGAGGCCCCCCCCCCCUCUCUCUCCCACCAGACUCACGUCACGUUAACACUCCCGUGCGUCACAGUCGUGUGUGUGUGUGUGUGUAGGCUGUCAUAGAGGAAAUAGAAACUACAUAAAAAGAAGGGUCAGAUCCCUUUUUAAAAAAAAAAAAGAGUUUGAGCAUACUGCAGAAGCUUCACGAUAGGAGGCGUUUUUAUUUGAAUAAUUCAGACAUGCUGCUUUGAGAAUGGAAAGAUUUAUUGAGCUGACCGGGUGGAUGGAGAGGGUUUAAACACAGUAGCUCCAUGAAGGUCUUCUUUUCUUCUUCCUCCUCCUUUUUUUAUUUGUCAGACUUUGCUUGUUUUUCCAUGUAACUCUCUGAGGCACCACAAGGCUCCCGUUAUCACAAAAGACGCACUGAAAUGGACUAUUUUAUUCAAAUUUAUGCAUUUCUGAAGAACACCUGCCUUUAGAGUUCUGGUUUUAAUCUGCACAGGUGUUUGCUUGUAAACUGGUAAAAUGUUGGGACCCUUUGAGGAGCUGUUUGAAAGUCACUAAUCCAUGCCCAUGAAAGCUGUUUUUAUUUUUUAACUGCAUUUUACAGUAGUGUGUAAGUCAGACAUCUCAGGGUUACCUCCAUGCUGUUUUUUUUUUUGUUUUGUUUUUUAAACAUUUAGUUUUACUAGUCGACUAAAAAUAAAAACUUAUGAGUCUGUCAUCGACAUUUGUUCACUUCACUAAAUGUGAUUAGAUCAUUUAUUGGUUCUUUUUAUAAACUCAAAAGGCUGAACAGUAUUUCAUUUUACUUUCUGUCAGCUCCGUGGAGAUCGUCAUUAUUCUCACACUCUGAGACUUGCAGAGACUUUCUGCAGCUUGUGCCUUUCCAGGGGGGCAUCAGUUACUUUUGUAUCUGGCUGCACUGAGCUGAUCCGGGGGCAGAAUCCUGGAGGAUCUAACUCCCAUUAAAUUGCUGGACUGUGCACUAGUUCUUACAGAAUAGAUGUCAAAACAAAAGAAGCAGCUAGCCCUUCUCUUUAAGAAGGAGGGUUGAAGAAAAGCUCCAGCCUGGAUUUAGUUUUUUUUUUUUUAAUAUAUGCACUUCUCACUAAGCAAUAAACUUGUGGACAAGAUGAUAAUGUGGCCCCAGCAGCAGGAUCCACGCUGAUCCAAAGCUCCAGCCCUAAGGAUGGUGACGGUGAUGUCAGCGCCGUGCAAGUGUGACCUGCUCUCAGGUGCUAACCAGCUUUGCUGUGACAAAACCACUGCUGUUGCAGCGUCCAGCCACUCUGUUCCAACAGCCAGAAAUCUGAGUUAUGAUCCCCCUCCGCCUCCUCCUUCAUCAACGUACCUGCUCUCAGGCCUAGUUCACCUCCCGCUCACAUGAUGCUGCCUAGUUUUAAAGAGUGGAAUGAGGAAGUACCUGCAUCAAAAGCUUCUUCAAUGUUUUCCAGCAUUUUACUACGUCUCUACCAGAUCAAAUCAUUUCAAAAAAAGGCCCCUUUGUUUUCAACCGCUUUGUUAAAAGGCAAUAUUCCCUUUUUGUGGUUCAAACACAGACAACCAGCAGCAGCAGCAGCAGCAGCAGCGUUAGGUAGACUUUCACUCCACAGGCAGUCACUCGACAGCAGCCUGUAGGGCUGAUGAAGCCGUUUUCAUGCAGUGUUCAGAGGAAACUAUCAGCAUUACAUAUCAGGCUUGGGUGGGCCAUGCACUGUUUACCUUGUGAAGUACCUAGUGAUUGAUCUACAUAAAAAAAUCUGAAGCUUUUUUUUAAUUAUUUCUGGACGUCUUUAGCAACAGACUGAUGAUUGUGUUGGUUGAGUUUAUGGGCUGGUGAUACAAGAAUGCUGAUAUUUUGAGUUUGUUCUUUUUAUUGUCUCCUGUGUGUUUCUAAUGAAUAAACUAUUGAAUGGAACCAUG